UACACUGGGGUUAGUCAUGUUUGCGGCAGCAGAGACGUGAGAGGAGGUAUUGAAGUGAAUGAAUCGCAGCCUGACGCUGAUCGCCUCCUGACUCGCUGUGGUUGUAGGAGCGGAAUAAGCGGAUCGACCGAUUUGAAAGAGAUCACCAGGAAGAACCGGGGAAGCGAGGGUUGCGCGGAUUUUUACAUGUCAAACAUUUCUUUACAGUGACAUUUUUUUUUGCGCGCUGGAGUGGGAGGACGCUUACAAUUUGUAAUGCUGAAAUAUGAGAGAACGGAACCGGGGCGGGUGAAGGCACAUGGGAGAGGACUGUCCGUGUACUCUGGGCUCUAAAAGAAAAAAAAAAACACGGUUUGCUUGGAACUGGAUUUUGCGAAGUGGGAUGAUUAUUACAAAAAGUUGAUCUUUGUGUUCCGGACGAAGCUCUGCACACCUAUCACGGCAACCAACCUCAAUGGAUAGAUAGACUGAGAGGGCUGUAGACGCAGACUGUUCAACUUUCAUUUAUCUUUUCAUUAGAGUCAAAAGUUCCAGCCUCCUUCAGAGGAGAGAGCCGAUAUCCUGCAGUAUCUCGGUUACUGGGGCCAAAAUGUUGCGCUUGUCUUUGACAGCUUUGAGCCUUUCAUGGACUUUGUUGAUCUGCAACGUGAGCAGAAGUUAUGCACAAGAAAGACAGGGUUAUUUGGUUGCUGCACCCUCAGUGUUUCGAGCAGGCGUGGAGGAGAGCGUGAGCAUAACCAUCUUCAAUGCAAAAGCAGAAACCCGCGUCCAGGUGCAGUUGUCGGUAAAAGGACAGGCGGUGGUCCACAGCCACGGCUCAGUGCUCGACAAAGGCACCGUCAAACUAAAGGUUCCCUCUGGGCUAAGAGGUCAGGCCCAUCUGAAGGUAUGGGGGAACCGUCACCUCACAGAGGGAGGCUACAUCUUCCACAACUACACCACCGUCACAGUGGAGAACAAGGGCACAGCUGUCUUCAUCCAGACUGACAAGCCCGUCUACAAACCCAAACAUAAAGUGCUGAUCAAUGUCUACACGGUCACUCCCAGCCUAAGGCCAGUAAAUGACAAGAUUGAGGCAUAUGUUUUGGAUCCUAGAGGAUCCAGGAUGGUCCAGUGGAAGGGUCUCAAAUCUGUCUGCUGUGGGGUUGUGAACAUGAGUUUCCCUCUGUCUGACCAGCCCAUGUUUGGAGAUUGGUUUAUCUUUGUGGAGGUGCAGGGCCACACCUAUAACAAGUCAUUUGAAGUGCAGAAAUACGUGAUGCCCAAGUUUGAGUUGGUGAUAGAUCCACCACACUACAUCCGUGACCUGAACUCGUGCGAGCAGGCCACUGUCAGGGCCAGGUAUACCUUUGGGAAACCAGUGACAGGGAAGUUGACAGUGAAUAUGACAGUGAAUGGAGUGGGCUACUACCGUCAUGAGAUGGGCCAUCCUGUGAUUAAAAACAUGGAGAUCAAAGGCUCUGCAAACUUCAGCUUAUGUGUCAAGGACAUGAUGCCCUUGGAUGUAGCAGAUCACUUCAGGGGCACGGUGAGCAUUUGGGCGUCGGUGACCAGCAUAGAUGGAAGCAGGCAAACCACAUUUGACGAUUCAACACCCGUCCACAAACAGCUCAUCGACAUCAAGUACUCCAAGGACACACGCAAACAGUUCAAACCUGGUCUGCCUUAUAAAGGGAAGAUUGAGGUGACCUACCCUGACGGGAGCCCUGCUGAUGGGGUGAGGGUGCGUGUUAAGGCAGAGCUGACCCCCAAGGACAACGUCUACACCAGUGAACUAAUCUCUAAGGAUGGCCAGGCCACCUUUGAGAUCCCCUCCAUCCCCACUGCCGCCCAGUACGUCUGGCUAGAGACCAAGGUGACAUCUAUAAACGGAAAGACAGUAGGAGAUCAGUACCUGCCCAGCUACCUGUCCAUCAGUAGCUGGUACUCUCCCAGCAGGUGCCACAUCCAGAUCCAGAGUCCCAGCACUGCACUCAAUGUUGGCCAAGAGGCAGAAGUGGCUCUUAAAUCCACCUGUCCCUGUAACUUCACUCUGCACUAUGAGGUGACAUCCAGGGGGAACAUCAUCCUAUCAGGCCAACAGCCAGCCAACAUGACAGCCUCACACCGAGAAAAAAGGGCUACAGUCACCUUUGACAAAAACAUUCACACCACCCACCUGCCUCCUUCUGCCUCCGGCGUUGCAGGCUCCUCCUCCCAGGCUGAGAUGGACAGCUGUGUGACCUAUCUACAUUUCCCUGUUAGCCACAGCAUGGCACCCCUCAGCCGUCUGCUGGUCUUCUAUGUGAGGGAAAAUGGCGAGGGUGUCACAGACAGCCUGCAAAUCCCUGUCCAGCCUGACUUUGAGAACCAGGUGUCUGUUUCCCUGUCAACUAAUGAGUCCAUGCCAGGAGACCCGGUGACCCUGCAUGUCCGGGGAGAGAGGGGCUCCUGUGUUUGUGUGGCCACUGUGGAUAAGAGUCUUUACUUGUUAAAGCCUGACUUCCAGCUCAGUCCUGACAAGGUGUUUAAAGAGCUGGCAGAUUUUGAUGUUUCAGAUGCCUUCGGCAUUCCUAAAGAUGACGGACAUUUCUGGUGGCCGGGGCUGUCAUCAAAGAGACGAAGACGCUCCUCUGUGUUUCCGUGGCACUGGGACAUCACCAAGGAUGCACGCUUCGCUUUCACAGAAUCAGGACUGGUUGUGAUGACAGAUAUGGUGAGUUUAAACCACCGGCAGAGCGGAGGCAUGUACACAGACGAGGCUGUUCCUGCCUUUCAGCCACACACCUCCACCUUAGUGGCUGCCAUGCACUCUCGCCCCACAACCAGAGCAGAGAAGCGGAGGCGUACAUUUUUCCCAGAGACUUGGGUGUGGCACUGCCUCAACGUCAGCUCUGAAACCGGAGAAGCUGAGCUGCGACUGGACGUGCCGGAUUCAAUCACCACAUGGGUGACAGAAGCUGUUGGCCUGUCUGAAGAGAAGGGGCUGGGCUUAGCAAAGAGAGCGGAGCUUCGUACCUUCAAGCCCUUCUUUGUUGACUUUACGUUGCCCUACAGCUUAAUCAGAGGGGAGCAAACCAAAGUUCCCCUCACUGUCUACAACUACCUGCCAACGUGCUCUGAGGUUCAUGUUAAAGUAUCAGUUCCAAAAGGCAUCAAGUUUGUUGGCCAUCCUGGAAGGCACCACCUUACCAGGAAGAAGUGUGUCGCGCCAGGAGAGGCUACUCCCACAUCCAUUGUAUUGUCUUUCACUGAACUGGGAUCUGCUAACAUCACAGCUCGUGCCAUUGCCUACAGUGAACCAAGCUGCUGUUCAGAUGGACUCCAGACAGGGAAAACAGCCAAUGAUGUGGAGGACAGAAGGAUCCCAACUGGCCUGGACUAUGUUCGCAGGACUGUCCUGGUGGAGCCAGAGGGCCUGCCCAGAGAAUACACCUACAGUGUCUUCUUCUGUCCCAAUGAGAGGAUCCACAUUUCCACUCCCAACAAAUAUGAGUAUCAGUAUGUGAAAAAGCCGGCCAAGAUGAACCAGUUCCAGGUUGCAGUGAAGACCCACAACGAUGCCCAUUUUGCUCUCUCUGCCAGCCCCCACGACAGUGCAGAGAUGCUAGAGAUCGUACUUGGGGGAAGGCAAAACACUCGCUCCUGGAUCUCCUUGGGCAAGAUGGGCGAGCCCCUGGUCAGUGCCUCCACACAAGGCAUCCUCUCCUGGGACGAAUUCCGCAGCUUCUGGAUCAGUUGGAAGGGAGGCGUGGUACAGGUAGGACAUGGUUUACAUCCAUCCAAUGAGUCAGUGAUCCUCCACUGGGCGGGCCAGUUCCCCGGACAGGUGCGCCACAUAGGCUUCUCAACAGGCUGGGGCUCAGUUGGAGAAUUUAAGAUCUGGAGGAAAGAAGACUCUGAUGAGAACCACAAUGAGGCCUUCACUCUGGGGGUCCCUCACAACAUGGUUCCUGGAUCUGAAAGGGCCACUGCAUUUAUGAUUGGGGAUGUCAUGGGGCCAACUCUUAAUAACUUGGACAAGCUGUUGCGGCUGCCAUUUGGAUGUGGGGAGCAGAACAUGAUCCACUUUGCCCCCAAUGUCUUUGUUCUCAAGUACCUGCAGAAGACCAGGCAGCUCAGCCCUGAGGUUGAGAAUGAAGCAACUGACUAUUUGCUGCAAGGCUACCAGAGACAACUGACCUACAAACGGCAGGAUGGAUCCUACAGUGCCUUCGGAGAGAGGGAUUCCUCUGGCAGUAUGUGGUUGACAGCAUUUGUGCUGAAGUCCUUUGCUCAAUCUCGAGGUUUCAUCUUCAUCGACCCCGAGGAGCUUCGAGCAGCCAAGUCCUGGCUCAUCAAGCAUCAGAGGGAUGAUGGCUCCUUCCCUGCCAUGGGACGCAUCCUCAACAAAGACCUGCAGGGAGGGAUCCAUGGGAAGAUCUCACUUACGGCCUAUGUGGUCGCAGCUCUCUUGGAGACGGGAAUAACAACAGAGGAAGAGAAGGUGGCAGUGGCCAAAGCCAAGGAUUUCCUGGAGAGCAACACCUACUCUGCCGAUGACCCAUACACCACGGCCCUGUCUGCAUACGCCUUGGCUCUGCUACGCAGCCCUUACGCCCCGCUGGCCUUGCGCCGCCUCAACCACAUGGCCAUCACUCAAGAUGGACUCACCCACUGGAGUCUGACAGGCAGCACUAUGACGGAUGAGGACACUUUCAUGGGAUUCAGUGAUGGCCUCUCUCAGUCAGUGGUGUCAGCAGAGGUGGAGAUGACAGCCUAUGGUCUACUGACCUACACCCUCCUGGGGGAUGUGGCUUCUGCCUUGCCUGUGGUCAAAUGGCUCUCCCAGCAAAGGAAUGCCUUGGGCGGCUUCUCCUCCACACAGGACACGUGUGUGGCUCUGCAGGCUCUGUCAGAGUACGCCAUCCUGUCCUAUGUGGGAGGGGUCAACCUCACCAUCUCACUGGCCUCCACCAACCUUGACUUCCAGGAGACCUUUGAACUCAACAGGGACAACAAGAAGCUCCUCCAGAGUGCCAAGAUCCCCAGUAUCCCCACAGGCCUUUUUGUGAGCGCUAAAGGAGAAGGCUGCUGUCUCAUGCAGAUCGAUGUGUCUUACAACGUACCUGACCCAGUGUCUAAGCCAGCCUUCCAGCUCAAAGUAGACCUGAAAGAGCCUUUUCAGGAGCGUCACCUGCAGGCCCCCUCCUCGUCUUCCCGCCAUCCCUCGUCGCGCUCUAGGAGCCGUGCUGACAACCGCUCUGAGCUCAACCGGAAGCGGCGGGCACCCAUCGAUGACGACGACCCAGCAGCCCACCAGGACAAAAUGGACUUCCACAUCUCCCUUGAAGUUUGUGCCAGGUGGCUCCAUUCAGGCUCAUCCAACAUGGCCGUUAUAGAAGUUCCCAUGAUUUCCGGUUUCCGAGCAGAUGUGGAAAGUCUAGAAAGGUUGCUGAUGGAUAAGAGAGUGGGUCUAAAGAGAUAUGAGCUGAGUGGGAGAAAAGUGUUGUUCUACUUUGAUGAGAUUCCCAGCCAGUGUAUGACGUGUGUGGCCUUUCAAGCUGUCAGGGAGUACAUUGUGGGCAAGACAGCGCCUGUUCCGGUCAAGAUCUAUGACUACUACGAACCAGCCUUCGAGGCCACCCGGUUUUACAACGUUAGCGAGAGCAGUCCGCUAGCACGGGAGCUGUGUGAUGGACCUACUUGCAAUGAGGUGGAGAGUUCAACCAAUCAGUGGAUAGGUUUUGUGCAGGCAAACCAGUGCAACAAUGUGUUUGGCUGUCUGGAGGAGGAGCAGUUUGAGCGGUGCACUUGCUACAGGGACUGUGGUUACGACGGGGAGCCAGUUUGUGGGUCAGAUGGGCAGCUCUACCAGAACCAGUGUCAGAUGGAGGUGUUUGCCUGUCGAAAUGGGACACGCAUCAAGCAGGUUCCACUGUCCCAAUGUCCUCACAUGAAGACUACGGUGGAGGAGAGGCAACCGACAGCACGCCAGGAAACUGAGCAGCCCUCAGUGCCUGUACACACAGGUGAAGAGGAGCAGGGAUCCAUGGCAGAGGUGUCCUACUACUCCUAUGAAUACGACUCAGAUUCUGAGCCUUUCCUUGCUGAUGCAGAGGGAAGGGACCAUUUUGACCUUCCUGAAGGUGGGGAGGAUGUAGAGCAGAAGGUGCUCCUGCCAGCAGAUACCCAGCUACCCACACUGGACACAAAAAACACCCCUGAACGAUGAAACCCUCACAGAGUGAAGCCAUACCCACCUCCAAAUUGUACAUUAUUUGUGAAUAUGCUAGUGAAUGGAAAGAGAAGAGAGACUUGGGACUUGUCCAGCCUGAAAGGAAGAGAUGGUGGGGUCUGGAGAAUGAGAGUGUGACUUUGUGUGCGAGUGUAUGUUAUUAGGUUUUAGAUUGUUUUGAAUGAUAGAGCGGAUGCAUUUAUGUUUGUGUGUGUGUGGUUGGAUGUGACUGUGUAUGCUUGUUAUUAAGAUAGUGUCCUCCAGACUUUUAUUUUUCUUCCUCCAGACUCCUAGUCACCAAUAGGCACCAUAGCGUCUUUGUUAUUCACUGUACUGCCUUUAUAAUCACUAGAAGAAAUAAUCAAGUAUUUAUGUUUGUAAUUACACCUGACUUUAAGCAAAAUAUUUUGUUAUAUUUUCUAUCUGUGGUAUUUAUUUGUAGCUAGAGGUCAUAUCUUUUUUUUUUUUUUUUUUUUUUUGUCAUUGCCUGCCCAUACAUUCUACUUUUUUUGCCCUUGUGGUUCUUUCAGUUCGAACAAGAGAUACAGUAUGUGCUAUCAAAGGCAUUUUUUUCUUUCAUAGCAAGCUUUAACCCAAUUAUUGAAACGUUUGCUGAAAUUCUUGUGCUGGUAUCCUGCUGGAAGAAGACAUAUGCUAACCAUAUGCUUUACAGAAACAUAAGCUGAAAUGUUUUUCAUUUUUGAGAUUUUUUUGGGCUUUUUGCCGUUAUUAGACAGCACAGUAGAGAUUGACAGGAAACUUGCAGAGAGAGAGAGGGGGACUGACAUGCAACAAAGGCCUCUGGCCGACUCAAACCAUGGACUUUACAGUUACAAGAGAUGCGUCUUUCGACCAAUGGUGCACCGGGAUGCACCAGCUGAAAUGUUUCUGAAACUAUUGUAUCAAGACACGAACAUCAUCUACUCUCAAGUCACCUUACACCUUACCUACCUUGAGAUUUGAUUGUACAGUUCAUAAGCUAUUGUGUUUUUGUUAAAUUUUUAUUCGUGAAGCAGUCAACUUAAAAAUCAAGAAUGAAGUUUUAAAUUCCUGUAAAUGUACCAAAUUUGGUUAAAUGUAGCCCCGAUUCAUAUCAAAUAUUGUGCUUUUUAAAACAAACGAGAAUAAAAUUUGUAUACAAUC